CACCAAACCAAACUAUAAAAAUAUUUGCAUCAAACUAAAAUUCGCAUUUAUCAAAAUUAUAAUAAUUGUAUAAAUUAAUUAUUCCGAUCAAAUCGGACUCUACCUGGGAUUUAAAAAUUAGAUUAAUUUUAGUUCUUAAAAAUCUGAACAUUUAUCAAAUCAGGCUCCAUUCGGGCCGUACCGGAUUAAAACUUCCUACCCAAGUCCGGCAUCAUUCGGAGCGCUGAAUUCUCGUCGAGAGUCCUCUCUGAAGAUACCACCAAAAUUUUCCUUCUGUACUAUGCACUACAUUCUAGGGUUUUACUGCUUUCUUUUAUUAAUUUUCCAGAUUUGAGGAGUAAAGACUGAGCAAGAGAGAGCUAGAGAUCAAAUUCAAGAUGGACGAUUAUCAGGAGAUGGAGAGAUUUGGCAUGGAGAACGACUUCGAAGACGGCCAAUGGAUAAACGGCGAGUUCUUCUACCGGAGUCGCAAAGAGAAGCGCAAGCAAACCAAGGAUGAUGUUCUGUAUGGGGUCUUCGCCGACUAUUCCGAUUCCGAUGACGAAGACGGCAACGGCUUAUCUUCCUCGCGAAAGCGGAGAAAAGACCGUGAUUUUGGCCGGAAGCCUGACCUUACUAAGCCCGUCAAUUUCGUCUCUACAGGUACCGUGAUGCCUAACCAAGAAAUUGACAAGAAUUCGAAAGAAGAGAAUGUUGAUGAUAUGUUUGCCGAAGAUAAUGACAGGCCUGGGUUAGGGUCAGGUUCAGGGUCGGGUCUGGGAUUUAAUAAUAGCAAUAAUGUGGUUAAAAAAAGUCAGGGGUUUGAGGAUGAUGAUGAUCAGGAUGAGGAUAAUUUUUUGCCUACCGAGUUUGGUAGGAGGAUCAAAGAGGGGGCACAAAGGAGGGAGCGGCAGAGACUGGAAAGGAACGAAAAGCAAGGAGGCAAAAAGAGGGAAGUCGGAACUGGGAGUGUUGGGGAGUUUGAGAGGCAUACUAAAGGGAUUGGGAUGAGACUGUUAGAGAAAAUGGGGUAUAAGGGAGGUGGAUUAGGGAAGAAUCAGCAAGGGAUUGUGGCCCCAAUUGAAGCGAAGAUGAGGCCUAAGAAUAUGGGAAUGGGUUUCAACGAUUUUAAAGAAACUUCAGCUAAGGUGCCUCAGCUGGAGGAGAUUAAGAGUGUGGCCCAAAGCCAGAGCCAGAGUCAGACUGUGGGGAGAGCAAAGGAGAGGCUCUGGAUGAAGGGGAGGAAGAAGAAGCAAGAGGAGUAUACAACAGCAGAGGAGUUGUUGGCAAAGAAGGAAGAACAAGGUUUUGAGGUUGUACAGAAGGUGCUUGAUAUGCGAGGGCCUCAAGUGAGAGUGCUGACAAAUUUGGAGAAUCUGAAUGCAGAAGAGAAGGCAAUAGAAAAUGAUAUUCCAAUGCCAGAACUUCAGCAUAAUGUGAGGUUGAUCGUGGACUUGGCAGAGUUGGACAUUCAGAAGAUUGAUAGAGAUUUGAGAAACGAGAGGGAGACAGCUAUUAGCUUGCAGGAGGACAAGGAGAGGUUGGAAACGGACGCUGCACGUCAGAAGAAACAAUUGGAUAACAUGGAGGAAAUCAUGAGUAUGUUGAGCCAUAUUGAGGAACAGAAUUCCUCUGGAACCUUGACCUUGGAUUUUUUAGCAAAUUGUUUUGCUGACCUGCGAAGGAAAUUUGCAGAUGAUUACAAGCUUUGCAACUUGUCUAGCAUUGCUUGUUCAUUUGCUUUUCCUUUGUUUAUUAGAGUAUUUCAGGGAUGGGAUCCUCUCAGGAAUCAAUUGCAUGGACUGGAACUUGUGGAAUUGUGGAAGAAUGUUCUGCAAGGUGAGGAAAGUAAUGAUAUUUGGGAUGUAGCCACACCAUAUACGCAAUUAGUAUCUGAAGUAGUUUUACCUGCUGUAAGAAUAGCUGGUAUUAAUACUUGGGAACCUAGGGAUCCUGAACCGAUGCUCAGAUUUUUUGAGUCAUGGGAAAAGUUGUUACCUGCAUCAGUUAUCCAGAGCAUAUUAGAUAACGUAAUCUUGCCGAAAUUGUCUAGUGCUGUGGACUUAUGGGACCCUCGUCGGGAAACUGUUCCAAUACAUGUUUGGGUGCAUCCAUGGCUGCCGCAGUUGGGACAGAGAUUGGAGUAUUUGUACGAGAAGAUACGUAUGAAGUUAUCUAUGGUUCUUGGUGCUUGGCAUCCUAGUGAUGCAUCUGCUUAUGCUAUAUUGUCGCCUUGGAAAACUGUGUUUGAUUCAGCCAGUUGGGAAAAUCUUAUGCGCAAAUUUAUAGUUCCUAAGUUGGAGGUUGCACUGCAAGAGUUCCAAAUAAAUCCAGCUGAUCAGAAGCUUGAUCAAUUCUAUUGGGUCAUGUCAUGGGCUUCUGCAAUUCCAAUUCAUCUCAUGGUUGAUUUGAUGGAAAGAUUUUUCUUUGUCAAGUGGCUGCAGAUUCUAUAUCAUUGGUUGUGUUCAAAUCCAAACUUACAGGAGGUUCAUAAAUGGUAUACUGGUUGGAAGGGACUCCUCCCACCGGAGCUUCAGGCCCAUGAAAAUAUUCGGUAUCAAUUUACUCUUGGCCUCAACAUGAUUGAUCGGGCUAUUGAAGGUAUGGAAGUCGUCCAACCUGGCUUGAGGGAGAAUCUUAGUUAUUUUAGGGCACUAGAGCAAAAGCAGUUUGAGGCUCAGCAGAGAGCUGCAGCACAUGCUCAACAGCAACCUGCAAUGGGUGUGGGAAGCACAGUCCAGUCAGAUGGUGUGGGUGGUGGUCUUGAGAUGACUUUGAAAGAAGUUGUUGAGGCUCAUGCACAACAUCAUGGCUUGCUAUUUAAGCCUAAACCUGGCAGGACAUACAAUGGUCACCAGAUUUAUGGCUAUGGUAGCAUAAGCAUAUAUGUGGACUCUGUGCAUCAAAGGUUGUAUGCCCAGAAGGAGGAAGAUUGGUUCCUGACGAACCUUGAUAAGUUGCUAGAGAUGCAUAACAGUUCUCUUAUGAAGAGACGCUGAUUUUUAGAGCCUCUGUGGAGCUGCUGGGAUGUGGAGCAACUACAGGCGGAAAAAGCAGUCCUUCGGAUAAAAUAGGGUCUGAUGCAUCAUGCAAACAAAUAAUCGUAGUUAAAAGUGACCCUGAAGUCCUGAACUGGGCCAGGGAGAGAAAUUUGUUCACUUGGCGGAGGUGUAUAGCUGCCAAUUUCUAAAAUAUGUUAUGGUUUAACAAACAGUACGAAAGCUGCCUCUUUCAUAAUUGAUUUUGUCUCUGGUGAUAAAAGGAUGAGGUGGAAAUAGGAUAGGUAGAAAUUUGGUGCACAAAUCUGUUGCCUUCGAAAGGUAUAAAUUGGUGGCCUAUUUAUUAUUUUAAGUCUUGAAUAGAUACAAAUUGGGAAAUAUGCAUGAAGGCUUCAUGCUUGGUACUACUACUCUGUCUUAUGGAAGAACAAGAUGGAGUAUAUAUGCUGUAAUUAUUAAUUACUCUGUGGACCAUGUACUAUUGAAUACCUAUGCUAUUGGACUAAUCUUGGACUAAUUGAUAUUUCAACAACUUGAAAACAAAGACACUAUUCAACAUAAUCUUAAACUGUACAGACUACAGACCUCCUGAUCAGAAGUAAUUUCUUUAUGAAUCCGGUGACCUUCUCGGCCAAUAUAAAUUAUUUGGAAAAUGUAUGUCCUCUCCUCUCUUGCAUGCUCUGUGUCACUGUGACUUGGAGUGCCAAGUGUGGUUUCUCUCCCUCUCAACUUCAGAAUUGAUAGGUUAGAAGGUAACUACCCGAUGGAGGUUUGGAUUAGCAUCUCGAACUGGUUAUAGAACCAUCAAGAUAGUUGGGGGAUGAAUAACUGGGCACUUUACAUUUUGUGGUUCCUCUGGAUAGCCUGGAACGAAUUUUUCUUUCAGGUAAAGAUUGGUCAGAUGUGGAGAUUCUUAAUCUAAGCUCAAAGGCUGUAUGAGGAUUAUCUCCAGGCUCCUAGGACCCAGAAUGAUUGCUGUCGAGGGGAAAACACUGGUUCGUACUGGGAACAUGACCUCCUGGUCCACCCUGAGUUGAGUGUUGUUAAAAUUAGUUUUGAUGCAGCGACCAAUCUAGCGGAGAGAUGUGGUGAAACUGGAUUCGUGGCCAAGGACAACAGGUGCUGUAUCGUUUGAAGGAUGUAAGAGGGUGCCUGAUCAAGUUGAUCCUCUAGUCUUGGAAGCAUUGGGCUUGAUGGAAGCUGUGUUGACUGCUAAGGACCAUGGUCUGCAGAGAGUAAUCUUCGAAGGUGAUGCUCUAUCAUUUGAAGCUGCGGCUAGGAGAGUUCCUCCUUUGCAAUCCAUUGAAAUCAUCAUUGAUGAUGAUAGUUGUAUCUAUAGCUGUUUUCUGGUUUGUUCCUUUUAAAUUCAUUAGGCGAGAGGUAAACUGGGCUGCCCAUCAUGUGGCAAGAAUUGCCCUGACUCGGUAGUCUCUUUAUUUUUACUUUGUAUCUGCUAAUUGUUCAGGCUAGGUGAUAGGCCUCCUUCGGUUUUGUACCUUUGCUUUUCACUUGAUUGAACACAUCAUCUCUCUAUUUUAGAGAAAAAAGAAAAGAAAAACCAUAGCCUUCGAAAAA